UGUCUCUACUGCGCAUGCCUAAAGUGCGCUCUAAAUAAAAUCCUCGACUCAUGGCUCCUAAGGUGAAGGAGAGGACACGUGGGAAGAAGGAGAUCCACAGAGACAACCUCGAAACGUUGUCGUUCUACCUACUAUUCUCCCUAGUCGGAACUGCAGUUCAGGCACUUCACUUGCUCUACUUCCAAUUUGUGGAUGGCACCACUACAUGGUGGGAUGGUUUCUUUGCGUUGUUUGGACCAGCUGUCCAUGGACUGUGUCGGUGGGUGUUGGUUCAACUAGCCCGGCCUCAUCUCGGACCCAGUGGAGAGCUCCUUGAGGCUGGAGCUGACCUCUCUGACAACUACAUCUCAGAGUAUGUGAUUGACUUUGUUAUCCUGACUGCCUUCUUGCAAGGCCUGUCUUUUCUCUCCAACCUGGUCUGGCUCCUCUGGCUUCUGGUUCCAGGUCUGGUUGUCUACAAGGUGUGGAGGUUGCUAAUCUGGCCGUGGGUAUCACGGGGUUCACCAACUGCAGUCGACAAAGAUGGCAGCGGCAGUGGCGGCAAGAGGCAGAAGAACAAAGUCAAGUACAUGAGAAGAUGAUGUCAUCAUAUCCACCAAUCAAUCUUCCAAUUCAAUGAACACAUGUCUAUAUAUAGGUAGAAUUGAAACACUGUUUUGUAAAACGCAAUUAUCGCAAGUUGUUCCUCUCUUCACUCCCGUACGGGAUCAUGUGAGGUCACAUGACCUGCUAGCUAGAGGAGGGCAGAGUUCAGAGACGAGAUGAGGUCUGGGGAGAGGUGGGGGAGGGCUGCUUGCAGCCGGUCCACGUGAUGAGCAUUCAGCACUUUCAGUAGCUGUACCAACGCAGUCUUAACCUCUGAGGAGACGCAGAAAUAUGGGGGAUAAAACAUCGUGCCCCUCAAUUAUUACCUUGCGAGAGGUGAGGUGAGGGUAGGUCUUGUGCAAUCACUCGCAGUGCAGCAGGUAAAUUAUUCAUCAUCUGUAUAGCAACAGACAGAGAGAAGAGAGAGAGAGAGAGUUCGAGGAAGAAUAUGGCAGGCUCACCACCACAAGAUUAUCACUAUCAGGAGAGAAGAGCUUCAGGAAACAUGUGU